AUGGGCCAUUUGACACGGAUCUUCAUCGAAACAUAUGAGAUUUGUGAGAAGUACGAUAACCCUUUUAAGGACUUCAAACUUCCCUCGUCGAGCUCUAUGGAUGAUGAUUCGUUGCCUAAUGUUGGAUUACCAGAUGCCCAAACAGGGUUGCCGUGCCUAAAAACGCAGGCCCCUCCAGCGGUGAAUAACAACCAUCAUCAAUAUAUCGAGGCAUUCCGCAGCGACAAAAUGACUGAUAUCGAAAACAUCGCCAACCUGAUCAAAAGCGGCCAGGUACACAAAAUCGUCGUGCUUGUUGGCGCAGGCAUCUCCACCGCGGCCGGCAUCCCCGACUUCAGAUCGCCCGAGACUGGCAUUUAUGAUCGACUCAAACCUCUUCAUCUGCCCUAUCCCGAAGCUAUCUUCCACAUCAAUUACUUCAGGCACACCCCUGAGCCCUUCUACGCCAUCGCGCGAGCCAGGCAUCCUCGCUCCCUCAAACCGACCAUCACCCACGCUUUUCUCGCUCUUCUAGAAAAGAAGGGCCUUCUCCAUUUUGUGUUUACUCAGAACAUAGACGGCUUAGAGCGGGAUGUCGGUAUUCCAGAGGAUAAGAUUCUCAAUGCGCACGGCAGCUGGCGGACCCAGCGCUGCUGGAAGUGCAAGACUCCGUAUCCCGAUGACUUGAUGAAGCAAGCAAUCAGCACAGGCACUGUCCCUUAUUGUCAAGUUCCUGACUGUGGGGGAGCAGUAAAGCCCGACAUCGUGUUCUUUGGACAGCCUCUCCCCGCGGAAUUUGAUGAAAAGGAGAAGGAAGUAUCCGAGGCGGAUAUGAUGCUCGUGAUGGGGACGAGUCUAAAGGUUGCUCCAUGCUCGAGACUGCCUCGUUUGGCUCGCGAAGGCAUUCCCCGGGUGCUUGUCAAUCGUGAGAAGGUAGGAGACUUUGGAAAGCGGGCGGAAGAUGUGUCCAUCUUGGGUGAUUGCGACGAUGGGGUGCGCAAACUAGCGGAUGCCCUUGGUUGGACUGCGGAGAUGGAGUCACUGUGGAAGAAGGCCAUCGCGGCCAAAGAAGCAGCACAGGAGGAUUGGGGAGAGGAGGAGAGUCUGGACGAGCUGAUUGACAGGUACGCGAAAACGCUGACGGACGCCAGGAAGAUCUCUGCUGGGCAUAAACGGAUGUUGGAGGAACACCUGGAGAACAAGUUUGCCGAGGUCCUAAAGAAGAGCACAUAG